AAGAUCUUAUAUUGUCGUUUGAACGGAUUCUCAAAUUUUCUCGCUCACGACACGAAUCACGAUAACGAGUUUGGUUUUUCGAAUCCGAAAUAAAAUUGAAUUGCAGGGAAGGAAGCAAAAAAUGGGAGAAACAACCCCAGCGGCCACCAUCGAUGACGAUUUACUUCUCAAAAACUUCUUCGCCGAAGUCAGCGAAGUUGAGAGGGACAACGAGGUCCUUAGGAUUCUCUCUUGUUUUAAGUUAAAUCCAUUUGAGCAUCUAAAGCUACCAUUUGAUUCAUCAAUUGAUGAUGUGAAAAAGCAGUACCGCAAGUUGUCUUUGAUGGUUCACCCUGACAAAUGUAAGCAUCCACAGGCAAAGGAGGCUUUUGGAGCACUAGCGAAAGCCCAACAAUUAUUAGUAGAUCAGAAUGAAAGAGAUUAUCUUCUUAGCCAAAUUAAUUCAGCAAAAGAAGAACUUAGAGCAAAGAGGAAGAAGCAGCUGAAGAAAGAUACAGCUUCAAAAAUUAAGUCUUUGGUUGAAGAGGGAAAAUAUGAUAAACAAUAUGAACGGUCAGAGGAGUUCCAGCAGGAGCUCAAAAUCAAAGUUCGUGAAUUAUUAACAGAACAAGAAUGGAGGAGAAGAAAAAUGCAAAUGAGGAUAUCAGAGGAGGAAGGCAGAUUAAAAAGGGAUGAAGAGGAACAGAAAGAAAUGUGGAAAAGAAAGCGUGAACACGAGGAGGAAUGGGAAGGAACAAGAGAAAAGAGGGUAUCCAGUUGGAGAGAUUUUAUGAAGGGUGGAAAGAAGACUAAAAAAGGAGAAAUUCGCCCCCCGAAGCUUAAGACAGAAGAUCCCAACAAAUCGUACGUUCAGAGGCCUGUAAAAAGAGGUUAGGGAUUCUGCUGUUAUGUUGAAGGAUCACGUGCAAUCAAUCCAACGAGAAGUCCAAGGGAACUUAUUCAUGCAGGCUGGCUAUCCUUUGUAUCAGUUUGAUACUUAAGCAUAUUUAUCAUUGGGGUCAUGAGAGUCAUCUUCAUGGGAUGUAGACAUCCUCCGAAUGAAUAAUCCCAUUUUGUGAUGUUAUACACCCUAUGACUGAUACACAGGAAUUUUUAAGUUGUAUUUACCUUAGUGUUGUUUUUUGUCCACUGGUUACGACCCACAAAUAUGAAACCUAUAUUAUGCAGAAUUUCAUUCUGAUUUAGCUAA